UUGCCGAGAACCUUCCAGAAUGCGAUUUUAGCCGUCCGAAGGUUGGGCUAUUGCUACAUAUAGAUCAAUGCUCUGUGCAUUAUACAAGAUUCGCGGAAAGACUGGGAACGGGAAUCUCGGAAAACGAGCGUUGUCUACAGUCAGGCCGUUGUGACUCUAGCAGCAUCCUCAAGUGACAGCGUCCACGAGGGCCUAUCUAAUCAACAAAACAUCAGCCAAUCAUCUGAAGCUCGGAACACAAUGAGAGUGAGCGAGACGACAGGCCUGAACGAAAGAAUCGAGCUACUCAUCUACGAGAGUUGUAGAAAAGAGGUACCACCUUUGAUAGUCAAUUGCGCACUUGCAGAUCGUGCGUGGGCUUGUCAAGAACGAGUUCUCUCACCUCGCAUCUUGCACUAUACAACGGAGCAGCUCUUCUGGGAAUAUCGACAUCAUUUCCACGCUGAAGAAGGUAUUCAGUCAUUCAAUAAUUUCAAUUUCGGUAGUGGGUUUACGACUGCACGUGGUAUCGUAUGGCGUCUCAUGCGCCAGAACGCCGGAUCAUUUGACCGCUUAUUAGGGCGGUACAAUGAGAUACUACAUGGAGAAUAGACUUUACGAAAGUUGGCACGCGAAAGCGACCAUCUGUCCGCUGUAUCAGGUCUAGCCAGAUGUGUACAGG